AUGCCCGAUCCAGGAGUUGGCUUUGAGUACCCUCGCACGGAGGUAUCAUGGCUCAAGCGCGACGUCUUGCUCUUCGCUGUCAGCAUUGGCUGCACGGUGGAUGAGCUGCCGUUCAUCUAUGAACUCCAUCCCGACUUUGCUAUGUUCCCAACAUACCCCAUCAUCCUCCCGUUCAAAAAGACAUCGCAGGAAGUCAUUGACUUCUACGCCGCACAAGCCGCAACGCCCAUUCCGGGGGUACCUAAAUUCGACUCCAAGCGCGUAGUAGACGGCCAGCGUCUGAUACAGUUCCUCAAGCCGCUACCGACCACGUCCGAGGGCCGCAAGUUCGAACUGCGCUCAAAAGUACUCGGCGUGUAUGACAAGGGCAAGCCAGGCACCGUCGUGGAGACAGAGCAGCUCAUUGUGGACAAAGAGACGGACGAAGUAUACUGUCGCGCCGUUGGCUCUGGGUUCUUCGUCGGCCAGGGCGGAUGGGGCGGCCCCAAAGGCCCGGCGACGCAGAAUUUCCCUCCGCCCAAGGGCAAGGAGGACAAGCCAGAUGUGGUCAGUGAGACACAGCUGACCGCCGAGGCGGCGCAUCUAUACAGGCUGAAUGGCGACUACAACCCGUUGCACGCGACGCCCGAGCCCGGCCAGAAGAUGGGAUUCGGCGGCACCAUCAUGCACGGGCUCUACUCGUGGAACAACACGGCGCACGCGCUCGUCAAGGAGCUCGGUGGCAGUGAUCCAAAGAACAUCAAGGAGUUCCAGGCCAGAUUUGCCGCGCCAGUGAAGCCGGGCGUGAAACUCAGCACCGAGAUCUGGCGGACCGGUGAGAUCAAGGAUGGCUGGGAGGAGAUUCGAUUCCAGACCAAGGUCGCAGGCAAGGUCGUGUUGAGCAACGGCAGGGCGUUGAUGAAGGUGGUGAGCGGGCAAAGCAGGAGCAAGCUCUGA